AUGGCAAAUAAAGGAAACGCCAGGCUUUCGAUUGUGGAAGAUGUUCCCAUUCCAAGGCCACUAUUGGCAACCGCAAAUUUCAAUUCACCGUGGGAAUUCAUAAAAUGGGAAAAGUCUCUCCCAAAAAAUGACCGAAUUCUAUAUCAAGACGCAGCAAACCAGACACAGCAAGGAGGUCUGAAACGAUCUUUCAGCCUGUCUUCUCGGAAAGUUCAAAGACCAAAGCUUGCGUCACGACCCCUAAGCAACCCUCCAGUGUCACCAAUAUGGGGUGAAUUCAAGACCCCAACCUCAUUAACGCCGCGAUCAGGAAGCUUUGAAAAAGAACCGAUAACGCCGAUUAAGAAUGCAGCACUCAGCCCAACACAUCUUAGCGAGACUAGUUCUCAUACGUUGCAUAGUCGCCAAAGCAGCAUUCACGAUACAUAUGAAAAGGCCAAAGCCAGGAGCGUUGCUCUUCAUCGCAAAUAUUGGGUUCGGCUCGCGUUCGAAUAUGGUCUUUAUAUACUUCUCAUUCUUUUCGUUUACUUUGUCUUGAUUGGAGUACCGUUAUGGAACGGUGCUGUGUGGUGGCUCUAUUGGGUUGUUCGAAACAAGUUUGUAAUCCAAGGAGGAUAUGCAAUCACGAUUGGACUCGCUGCAUUGUAUGCCUUUUUGCCUCUCUUGAUUCUUUUCGAAAAAGACCCCCCUGAAAAGAUCGAAGACGCAGACCUCGAGCGAAGUGCCGAUAAUGCCGAGUCAACCGCCUUGCUCAUUCCAUGCUACAAGUCCGCCAAUAUCAUUGGACCGACGCUGAAAGCGGCUUUGAAGAUAUUUCCACCAAAAAAUAUCUUUGUUAUUGCGAAUGGAAAUUCGGAGACACCUCUCGACAAUACGGAGGAGGUGUGUCGUCCGUAUGGCGUCAAUCAUCUUUGGGUUCCAAUCGGCUCUAAAAUUGUAGCUCAGUUUGCUGGCUGUUAUGCUGCAAAGGGAUUCGAAAACGUUUUACUCAUUGAUGACGACUGUGCUCUCCCGCCUAACUUUCCCAUCGUCAGCGAUCGCCUACAGGGAAAAGUCAAAUGCAUUGGAUAUACUAUAAAAAGCGUGGGUCCUAACUCCUCGAAGGGGACUUUCUGCCAGCAAGCCCAAGACUUGGAAUACAAAAUGUCUGGUCUCCAGAGAGCCUUUUUUGGCAAAUUAGGCAGCGCCACUUUUCCCCACGGCGCAAUUUCAAUCUGGAACACAGAAUUCCUGAAGAAAACCUUCCACGAGCAUCCCGGCUUCUCCGUCUCCGAAAAUUGGUUUUUUGGGGAUAGUUGUCGUCGUCUCGGGGGACGCAUUACCAUGUGUUCGUCUGUUUUUGUUGAAACCGAGACUCCAUCUUCUUGGAAGUGGGAGUCGGGGUGGGUUUGGGGAGAUGACUAUCUUCCAGCAGCGUUUCAAGCGCUGGAAUUUCUUUUUGUUGUCGGCAUGUACUACGAUAUGAAGUAUAUUCUGACAAGCUGGAAACUUGGCUGGUGGGAGAUAGGAGCAAAGCUCUGCGUCUUUCAAGAGGUCUACGAAACUCUUAUCUAUUUGCUCGCUCCGUUUGUUCUGCCUAUCUCAUUCAUUGUGCGCCCUGGCUUCUGCGGCAUGCUCCUUGGCGUUACAAUCGCGAUGUAUAUCAUAAACGUCAUUCUGUUCAACGAAAUUCACCUUCGUCUGAAGAAAGAGCGCAUUGACUGGAUCGUGUUGCUUUUUUACUACACGUUUUAUAAGAUUGCACUGACAGUCAUCAACGUUGUCAGCUGUUAUUGGUCGCUGUAUAAAUAUGCUCGGUACUUUUCCAAACGUCACCCUAAGGUGAUCGAGGACCAAGAAGCGAUCCAGGUUGUGCUCAGCCUUGAACAAGAUGCGGAAUCAAUACCCGAAGAGGUUAUAUUGCCCUUGAAUUCUGCUCCAGCAGAAACGGAGCGUGCAUACAGGCGAUUGACACUGACAAGGGUCGAGCCUGACCCGGACCCCAGAUGGCCACUGAUGGAGAUGAAGCAGAUCGGAUCCCAAAAUAAGCAUGCGUCAUUAUGGAUUUAG